CUCAAAGCCGUCAAAAUAAAAAAAACCACAAACCAAAACACAAUCCUUUUAUUGUCUUCACUUUUUUCCCCUGAAAACAGCAUUUCCCCAAAGAGCUCUAGGGAUUACUCUGGGACGUAAAUCAUUUCCUUAAGUAGGAACAAGCAGAGCAUCAGCUCGUUGGAGCUGGGGUGGCGGAUGCAGAAGCGGUCCCCUCGCAGAGCAUCCCUCCAAGGCAGCGAUGCUGCUCCCCGUUCCUCCUGCCAAAACCCCCACCCUGGGAGCAUUUUGAUCCUAAAAAGGAGGAACUCACUUAGGCAUCCUUCUCUCAUCGUAACAGCUCGGGGGGGGAUUUGCCAGCAAAGGAGCAAGCGGGGGGCACGGAGGAGGCUGAGGUUUGGCCAUGACCCCGUGGAUCCGUGGGGAAGGGCGUCCUGAGCGAGAGGGAGAAGCAAGCAGCCAGAAAACUCGUGGGAGCCAAGACACAACCGAAGGGCGUAGACUCCUGCCAGGGAUCUCCAAUCAGGCCCGGGGAGGCUUGGCUGCCUGCCCUAUAAAUGCAGAGCCGGGAGGGUGGGAAGCCAGCGUGCCUCUGGGCAGGGAGAGGAAGAGGAGGAUGAGUGCCGGGGUGCUCCCCGCAAGGAGGCAGAGAGCACCCAGCAGCACCCCAGCAGGGAUGAGCCGGACCCCGAUGGCAGCCCAGCAGACCGUGCCGGUCUCCUCCAGGCCCCGGACAUCCUUCCUCAUCCAAGACAUCCUCUGGGACGGGGCAGAGCGGGGAGCACGGCCGGAGCGGGGCAAGAGCGGCGGGUUUGGCAGCCCGGAGGACGGGGAGCCGGGGGCAGGCACGGCGCAGGGCAGCGAGGGCAGUUUGGCCCCGGGGGCUACCCCAGGGCACCCCCCCGGGAGCCCUCGUCCCCCAGGAGCAUCGCCAGCCCAGGUCCGAGGAACACCCCACGAGGCGGACGCAGAUGUCACGGCGGAGACCUACCUGUCAGACUGCGACCCCCCCCUGCAACCCCUGCCCAUCGCCCAGCGCCCCCCCAAGCAGGCGAAGCGUUCUCGGGCAGCGUUCUCCCACACCCAAGUCAUCGAACUGGAGCGGAAAUUCAGCCACCAAAAAUACCUCUCUGCCCCCGAGCGAGCCCACCUGGCCAAAAACCUGCAGCUUACCGAGACCCAGGUGAAAAUCUGGUUCCAGAACAGGAGGUACAAAACCAAGAGGAAACAGGUCGCCUCCGAAAUCAGCAGACUGGACACGCGUCUGGCGGGGCAGAAAGCGGCCGAGCUCCCCGGAGCAUCGCUGCUCGCUCUGCGGGGCGGCUGGCAGUACCUGCCUUGCCUCUACUACUUGAACGGCUGGAGUCCCUCCUGGUGGUAACCGCUUUUUUAAGCAGAAAGCAUCUU